UGGCCUACGCGAUCGCGGGUUUACGAAUUGUCGCCGAGGACUCUACGCAUAUCUAGCAGACACGAUUUCGCGACUAUUGACGUGUGGUGCUUCGGGCACUUACUUUCCUGUUGCGGUCCACCAUCGUUGCUGAUGUUGGUGGACUCUGGCUCCUUCUUGUGUUGGUGCUGUUACAAGUGUUGUUCUUGUUAUUGUUGUUGCUGGUUUCGUUGAUGCUAUCUCUUUCAUGUCCGUGCCAUCCAGCGAUCGAUCAAGAGUGAAAUAGUUGGAUAUUCCAGAGUGGUACCAGUUCGAAACAACAUAAAGUGAAAGAUUAAUAAGAAUCAUUUCAAUGUACUAUGGCCGAUGCGCAUAGAAAAAAAAUGCUGCUUGAGUGUAUGUGAGGACAUGUCAUUCCUUAGGCCAUUGUACUGAAAGUUUUGUGUAAAUUUUAUGUUUUUGUUUUUAACUAACAUUUUACACUCCCAUUUAUCGAUGGUUGACUCAACUUUCCGAUACGGUGGGUAAUUUUACUUGAAAUAAGUUCUUAUUAAGAAAAUGCCAAUGCUAAUAGACGUGAGAUAUUCGAGUCGCAAAUACUGAUUGUGCUUAACAACUACAACGGAAGGUCAACCUAAUCUCGAUUGUAGAUACUAAAAUGGGAUGAAAUUUCACUUGUUCGAAAGUAGUUAAAUUUUGCAGCUGUUUAACGCACAGUUAUGCGCAGCGGUUCGGCGAAGAAAAAAAAAGUGUCUCCAUAAGUUGUCCAUCGUAAAUUCAAAAGCAGAGUAUAGUGGUGUUGACAUAUGCAAGAAGGCAAAAAUGCUAUAGUUACAGGAAUGGUCCAACUGGGGGCAAUGUGCGUGAAAAGUUGUAAAAUUUGUGAAUACCAAUAACACCCGUCGGCGAGCAUUGAAAUCCAAAUUCGAUGAUGCUUAAAAUGAGAUGAAAUCUAUUGUGAUCCACUGUACGUAAGUCAGCGCACGUACGACUACCCAUGCACAAGUGAACCUGUGGUGAUCGAAUGUGAAACGAGAAAAAAAAAUUUAACGCUUCAAUGUACUAGUGUUGCCAAACAGCUAUUGUAACCAUUCAGCAUCGGUCUCGGUGCGGUAGGUCCCGCCGUGAAGCUCCUGUACCGCCGAUCGCCGCUUUCGCGCGGUCCGUGACUGCGAGCUGAGGAAGUGUCGGAGAGCCAAAGCUCGGCCUUUGCCACGCUAACGUUUCUGCGGAGAGCGAAGAAUUUUGCAUAUUACUACUGCCUGGACGAAAUCGACGAAUAUGAAAACGUGUGUUUAUAAGAAAUGUAUAACAAUAAGGUCAUAAUAAGGUAGUGGCGUGAUGGAGUUCCGAAUAAUAAAAAUAAGGUAACACACCAGUGUCCAACAUGUCGCUCCCCCAGCGACGAGGGGCUCCAGUGGAGUGUCCGCUUGCUUCUCUGGGGCGCAACACUCCCUCGAUGGAUGCCCUCCAGUAUCAUCAUCCGUUGAGCUCAAGCCCACUGGAUCCUCAGGCCUAUCAGAUGUCGAGGAAGACACCGAUUCUUGGAAUCGACUCGGAGCUUUAUACGACCGAAACCAGUCUCGUAAAUAGUCACGUAACCUCGAACGGUUGCAAAAGUGAAAAGGCUCAAGAAAAUGGAAAUAUGAUUUCGAGGAGUUCGUCGUCAUCGCUCGAUCAAAGCACAUCGUUCCUUCACCAACCACCUCCACCAACUGUUAGCAGACGAGGAGAUUAUCGCCCGCUACGACCUAGAGCAUACACUCCCAUAGAUGCACUGUUGACCAACACGUAUCAGCACCAUCAGCGAUUAUCGCCCGUCAUGAUGAACAUCCAACGAAGUCGCGUAAAUUAUCAAUCCGAAGGACAACCACUGACUUCGCUUUCUGAAGCCGAUCGUUACUUUCUGGAGGAAAAAAUGGACUCGCUCUACAUUCAAGGUGCCAUCCGACGAAACGUAAACACACCGUCCAGUUUAACACGCAAUCAAUCCGGAAGCAGUAACAACACCGAACGUUACUACCUGGAAAAUGAAAACAUCGACGCGAUCUACAAUUUCUGCCACCCAGCGGCAGGCGUGACAGCACUCAACUCGCACAACUCAUCUUCAAAGGCUUCUUCGAGUCACAACGAUUGUCUAGAUUCUAGUUCACCCAAUCUCCUGCGGAGAGCGUCCAGUCCGGAGACCAGUGGUUCCGAUCGGUACCUAAUCGACCGGAUACGAGGUUCUCCGGCUUAUCACGGGAGAAAUGAACGAAUCUCUCAGCAGAUGAAGGCCCCAACGACAGAUUUCGUCGACGGAAGAAUACAUCUAACCAAGUCACAACACUUCAAUGAUGGCCUUUCGCGAUACGGUCGCUUUUCUCCGAGCUUGGACCAAGGCUACCACACGCUAGUAUCUCCGUCACCAUCCGGUCAACAGCAGUCAUCUAUUCCGGCUUCGUGGAACACAGCAGCGCCCAGUAGUAGCUUAUCAACGGCCAACGGCACAGGCAGCCUGAACAGCAGUAAUCAGCUCAUCAAUGGUAGCCUUGGUGACAGUGAUUUACUCAAUGGUAGCAGCAGUAUUUUGUACCGCUCUGGGCCACUGUUCGACAGACUCUCAGACGAUUUAAUGGCGAAGGUAUUCGAAUGGCUCGAUAGCCGCGAACUGUGCAAUAUAGCGCGUGUUUGUAAACGAUUCGAAACAGUUAUCUGGAAUCCUGCACUUUGGAAAAUUAUCAAGAUUAAAGGAGAAAAUAACAGCGGAGAUAGAGCAAUCAAAACAAUCUUAAGGAGACUUUGUGGACAAACUCGAAAUGGUGCGUGUCCUGGCGUGGAACGAGUGCUACUAAGUGACGGCUGUAGACUAGGAGACAAAGGGCUGCAACUAUUGUCGCGGAGAUGUCCUGAAAUUACCCACUUGCAGGUUCAAAACAGUGUGACCAUUACAAAUCAAGCUUUGUUCGAUUUGGUUACCAAAUGUACGAACUUGCAACAUCUUGAUAUAACCGGAUGCGCUCACAUUACUUGCAUUAAUGUCAAUCCGGGCCUUGAACCUCCACGUCGAUUGCUACUACAGUAUCUAGAUCUUACUGAUUGUGCUUCGAUUUCGGACUCGGGGCUCAAAAUAAUAGCCAAGAAUUGUCCUCUGUUGGUUUAUCUCUAUUUAAGACGAUGUGUUCAAGUAACAGAUGCUGGCCUAAAAUUUAUCCCUAAUUUCUGCAUAGCUUUACGGGAGCUGAGCGUAUCGGAUUGCACCAGCAUUACGGACUUCGGUCUGUACGAGCUGGCCAAAUUGGGUGCUACGCUGCGCUACCUUUCGGUGGCCAAAUGUGAUCAAGUUUCAGACGCUGGUCUGAAAGUGAUCGCACGACGGUGCUACAAGAUGCGUUAUCUAAAUGCACGUGGCUGUGAGGCAGUAAGUGAUGAUUCCAUCAACGUACUCGCUCGAUCAUGUCCUCGGUUGCGCGCCCUUGAUAUCGGCAAGUGUGACGUCAGUGAUGCUGGACUGCGGGCGCUAGCUGAAAGCUGUCCAAAUCUGAAAAAGCUCAGUUUACGCAACUGUGAUAUGAUAACUGACCGGGGGAUUCAAUGUAUUGCCUAUUAUUGUCGGGGACUACAGCAGCUCAAUAUUCAGGAUUGUCAGAUUUCGAUCGAAGGAUAUCGAGCGGUAAAGAAAUACUGCAAACGAUGUGUCAUCGAACACACGAAUCCAGGAUUUUGUUAGCGUCUUGAUAUGUACGAUAGUUAUGCUCUCUAAACUUUUGAAAGAAUUAUAGUAAAUUGUUCUUUACGUUCGAUUUUCGAGUAUAUAGUUUUGCCAAAAAACAUUGAACAGACAUUUUGUUAUUAACAUUAUUUAAAUAGUAAAAUAUUUUAUU